UAGACUUAAAAAGCCAGUUCACUUAAACUAGCCAGUUUAACUGUUUUUAUGGAAACCAUAAUAUUGGCUCUUGGUCGCUUUAAUCGUUAGCUAAAGUUGAAAUUAGCCGAAAAGCACUAUUUUGUUUCACGAUAAAACAUACUGGCAAGCUAACUUGCUAACCGGAAGCAGACAAAGCUAAUCACAAUCUGGUUCUGGAGCACAGAUAUCUGACACUGCCCGACAGAAUGGACUGCGGUACCGCCGAUCUACACGCUAACUUGGCGCACCAGUCUUCAGGGCCAGACAGUUCUGGCUCAGACGACGAGGAGCUCAUCCCCCUGGCGAAGCUUCUGAAGAAAAGAAAUGGUAAAGAAAAAGAGGCACAGGAUAGCCACCAGACGACCCCCAGAUCCAGCACAAAAUCCAAAAGAAAAGAAGCUUCAGACAACUCCUCGGACGAUGAGCCGCUGAUAAAUAAGAAAAAGGAUUUUUCACCAGCAGCGGAAGACAAAAAGGAAAAUACCCCCCCUAAAUCUUAUGGCACAACCAACAAGAAUGCAGAUUCCAACGCAGAGGAUGACUCAGAUAGUGAGCCUUUGAUAAAAAAGGCGAAAGGGCGCACCAGAAGGCCUAAAAAGAAGACCAGCUCAGUGACGCCGAGGAAAUCUGCUGGCAGAAAGCGGAAAGUGUCACAGUCAAAUGAUGAGUGCUCUGACGAUGAUGAGCCUUUGAGUGAAACUGCCAAAAAACGGAGGUCACAGCCUAAGAGGAAGAAAUCUUCAAAGGCAUCUGAUAAAACAACCCCACUUAUUAAAUCAAAGAGGAACACAGGAAAGAAAAGCAUUAAUUAUGUGGAGACAUCCACAGACCAUAGCUCAGAUGAAGAGCAAGUCGUAAGUGUAAAGAAGAAAGCGGCACCGAAACAGCAGAAGUCGUCGCCCAAAAAGAAAACGACAACAAAACAAAAAGAUCCUUCAUCUGCAGAAAACAGCUCAGAUGAGGAUGAUGUUUCCCUGGCAAAACUUGUUGCCAAAAAGAGAAAUACUGUGAAAAGAAACGCAAAGAAGAGUUCUGCAUCUCCAGGCAGGCCAGCAAAAAAGAAGCCAGAGGUCAGAGAUGAAACCUCGGAUGAUGAGCCUCUAAUUAACAUUGUGAAGAAGAGCACAGGGAGAAACAGCAAAAAGCCUGUAAAGAAAGAAGGCAAAACUCCUAGAAAGCAGAGAAAUGUGGCUGCGACAGACGUUUCAGGCAGGAUUUCAGAUGAUGAAUCUUUGUCACAAGUUCCUAAGCAUCCACAAGUGACCAAAUCCGUACGGGUUCUACUGAAGAGAUGUGAUGCUGAAGACACCAGGCCAACAGCAAGUCGGAAAAGAACUCAAACAGCGCAAAGGCAGAAGGCUGACAAAUCGCCGCAGGAAAGCUUAGGUUCAGAUGAAUCAUCAGCAGAAUAACCACAUGAAGCUGGCAUCUGAAAAAGCUUCAUAAAACACAACCUGGACCCUGUUGGUUUUUAAUUUAAGUUUUAAAAAAAGUGUGUUUUAUAUGCAUGAAACAGUACAAAGUCAUUACAUUCUUGUUCUUAGAUAUGGGACCAAAUGUUGCAGAGUUCCUCAAAGCUUUUUAACAGUCUUUGAUUCCCCCCCCCCAAUAAAUAUGUCCACACACCUUUUUUAGCUUUGUCUUCUGGUUUACUGUUUUCAGUUUUUUAAGAAAAUGACAUAAAAAAAACUUGUAAAUGAAAUGUUUUGCUUUAUUGUUUGCAUGCAAGUCUGAACAUGUUCUGUGCUGACAUUAAAGUUUUACUGUGACAUUCA